AUGGCAGCUCCGCAAAACAUCAACACUUCGUCAUCAAUCCCCAAGCCGGAUUUCACUCACAGGCUGAGCGUCUCGACGUCACCUACAAACACUUUCCAGUCCCCGCCAAACAGCUUUGGCGGGGCACUCGCUCAACGCGCAGCACCAAAGCAGCUGAAGCCUUUCAACACCCAAGACAUUAAGAUUCUGCUGCUUGAGAAUGUCAACCAGAGCGGAAGGGAUAUUCUGACUGGCCAAGGCUACCAGGUCGAGGCUCUCAAGACCUCUCUGCCAGAGGACCAACUCAUUGAAAAGAUUCGUGACGUCCACGUCAUUGGUAUUCGCUCCAAGACGAAGCUGAAUGAGAGAGUUUUGCGCGAGGCCAAGAACUUGUUGGUCAUUGGUUGCUUCUGUAUCGGUACAAACCAGGUUGACCUCGAAUAUGCCGCCAAGCAUGGUAUUGCCGUCUUCAACUCUCCCUUUGCCAACUCUCGCAGUGUGGCCGAGUUGGUGAUUGGUGAGAUCAUUGUGCUUGCUCGUCAGCUGGGCGACCGCUCAAAUGAGAUGCACCGUGGUACCUGGAACAAGGUCAGCAACAAGUGCUGGGAGAUCCGUGGCAAGACCCUGGGUAUUGUUGGUUAUGGUCACAUUGGUUCGCAAUUGUCCGUGCUGGCAGAGGCCAUGGGUAUGGACGUCAUUUACUACGAUGUUGUCAGCUUGAUGGGUCUUGGAACCUCCAGACAGGUCCCUACCCUCAACGACCUUCUCAACCAGGCCGACUUUGUCACCCUUCACGUCCCCGAGUUGCCCGAGACCAAGAACAUGAUCUCCGCACCUCAACUGGAGCAGAUGAAGGAGGGCUCAUACCUCAUCAACGCCAGCCGUGGAACUGUUGUUGAUAUUCCCGCUCUCAUCAACUCGAUGCGUAGCGGCAAGAUCGCCGGUGCUGCCCUCGACGUGUACCCCAACGAGCCUGCUGCCAACGGUGACUACUUUACCAACGAUCUCAACACUUGGGGCGAGGAUCUGCGCAGCGUAAACAACAUCAUCCUCACACCUCACAUUGGCGGUAGCACAGAAGAAGCCCAGAGGGCAAUUGGUGUCGAGGUCGGUGAUGCACUUGUUCGCUACAUUAACCAGGGUAUUACUCUGGGUGCUGUCAACAUGCCCGAGUGCAACCUGCGUUCCUUGACCCUCGAGGAGGUUGGCCACGCCAGAGUCAUUUACGUGCACCAGAACGUUCCUGGUGUCCUGCGCAAGGUCAACGAGAUCCUCGGUGGCCACAAUGUCAGCAAGCAGAUUAGUGACAGCAAGGGCGACGUCGCCUACAUGAUGGCUGAUGUCAGUGACGUUGGAUUGGCUGAUAUCAAGGACAUUUCCGAGUCUCUCGAGGCUCUCAGCUCAAAGAUCUUGGUCCGCGUCCUAUACUAA